GGGAUCAUCGGAUCAAACUUUGGUAAAGAGUUGCGUGAUCGGGACAACAUCAUCUGGAAAAAUGGUUGAGAAAUUCGUGGGAGCAUGGAAAAUGAUCAACAGCGAAAACUUUGACGAGUACAUGAAGGCGCUAGGUGUGGGUUUCGCAACUCGUCAGGUGGGAAACAGGACCAAGCCAAACCUGAUCUUGUGUGUGGAUGAUCAAGGGUUCAUAUGCAUGAAAUCGCAGAGCACCUUCAAAACUACUGAGAUUAAAUUCAAACUCAACGAGCCAUUCGAGGAGACCACUGCAGAUGACAGAAAGACUACGACCGUCAUUAGUGUCGAGAACGGAAAACUCGUGCAAAAACAGACCUGGGACGGCAAAGAGACGAGGAUAGAGAGAGAGAUCACGGAUGGGAAAUUAAUAGCUAAAUGCACAAUGGGUGAUGUUGUUGCUGUAAGGACAUAUGUGAAGGAGUGAAGUUAUCCAAUCUGGAUUUAAAGAUCCCAGGCUCAGUUCAAUGAGCAAAUCAUGACUCGCUCUUACUGAAAUUUUAUAUUUCACACCAAAGCAAUUGCUUGCUGACCACUUUCAAAUGCAUUUAUAGUCAGUGUUUAUGGUGGUUUGAAUAAAAUUGUUUUUAUUUGUGUUAAA